CUCACGUGUCUUCACAGAUAAGGGAAGGUCAAAGCCUAGUCUUAUCGAGGCACCAUGUUGGCUCUACUGGCAGUUACCCUUGCCCUUGUCUGCAUAUCACACGGAGAAGCUCAGUCGGGGCUCCAGUCGGGGCUCCAGUCGGGGCUCCAGUGCUACAGCUGCCUGCACACACCCCAUCCAAAGGACUGCACUACCAUCAAAACAUGUGCUGCAGGAGAGGAGUGCAUGACCCUUACUAAGUCCCAUGCAGGACACGUCGUCUAUGAGAUGGGAUGCAAAUCGAAGAGGGUAUGUGACCCGCUCAGAAACAACGUGCACGUGAUUGUCGGGAAACGCGCAACAACAACAUCCUGCACUGACUGCUGUAACAACGUUUCCCUUUGUAACAACAUGCUGUGCGCAGAGCCAACGGCGACUUCUGCAACCACACUUGCAGCAGACACGUCAACGGCAAUACCAACAACUACCACGACAACACCACCGGCUACGACUACCGCGACAACAGCACCGACUACGACCGACAAGUUGGCACUAUUGAAACUCGGGGUGGUCCCAGCCCAACAGACGGUUGAUGUUCAUGAGAUGGCCGACUUCGAGUGCAACUUUGACGCCCCUGUUGACCAGCCCAUGAAUAUGUCCUGGUCCUUCAUGAACUUGGCCGGUCAAGUGACUCACAUCUACUCGACUGCAGCCGUGAAUCCACCAGAAGUCUUCAUCGACGUGAAGAAUGUAUCUGCCUCGGAUGCGGGAGUAUACACGUGUGAAGCCAGUAUAGGGUCGCGGACCUGGACCGCUGGAGGUGUACUCAAGGUGCCGGACCCCAACACGACCCUGACGGUGGACCCGGACAGCCAGAAUACAACCAGCUGGGACCUGCAGGUGAUCCCAAGCAACCAGACCAUGGCGCCAGGCGAGACCGCCAUCUUGUUGUGCCAGUUUGACCCUGUUGUGCGUGACUCGAUGACAAUGACUUGGACAUUCACCAACAUGGCCGGCACUACUACAGAGAUCUACUCGGACGUGGAGCUCAGCCCGUCCAUGACGUUCUACGUGAAGCAGUUGGAGGCCUCCGAUGCCGGCGUGUACACCUGUCAGGCUUCCUACGGGAAUGAGACGUGGACGGCCAACGGAAGUCUGCACGUACACGCCUAGAAGAAUAACGCACCAUGUCUAUCUGAUGACCGAUUAAAAAUUAAAACUGUUA